CGGGGUGUGAAAGAUGAACAAAUACCCUCUGUUUUAACAAAUCCCCUUUGUCGUUUGUGGAAGGCUGGAAGAGUGAAGCGAUAACGUUCGUCACGAUGAACCAAGAGCUUCUUCUCUCAUGGCGUCGUCCAUGUCUCCCCUUUCCCACAACCAUCACAAAACCCACCACCGUCGUUUUUCAACCAAUCCGGGCAACUCUUCAAACAUCGUUCGACGAAAAAGCGGAAAUUCUAACUGCGAAAGAGAAGAGAGAGUUGAGGAACGUGAAAAGAGAGGAAAACAAAUCGUAUAAUUGGAGGGAAGACGUGGAAGAAAGGCUAUUGAAGAAACCAAAGAAGCAGUUUAACUCUUGGAAGGAAGAGCUUAACCUCGACAAACUCGCGGUAAUGGGUCCGCAAUGGUGGAUCGUCAAGGUCUCCAGGGCUAAAGGAAAGGAUACUGUUGACCGGAUGAUGCAGGCACUCGCAAAGAACUUUCCUGAUGCUGAAUUUCAGGUAUUUACUGCAGCUGUUUCUGAGAAAACUAAGUUGAAGAACGGGAAGAUUUCAAUCAAACCCAAGCCUUUGUAUCCCGGAUGUGUGUUUUUGAAUUGCAUAUUGAACAGGGAACUCCACAAUUUUAUAAGAGAAGAAUGUGAAGGAGUUGGAGGAUUCGUUGGAAGAAUGGUUGGAAAUACAAAAAAGCAAAUUAACAAACCCAGGCCAGUAUCCGCAGCUGACAUGGAAGCAAUAUUUCAAGAAGUGAAGGAAAAGCAAGAAGCAACAGAUAAAGCUUUUGAAGAACAACAACAGUUAGAGAUUUUAGAGAAAAAAUCACUUUCACUUUCAGAUAAAAAAGUAUCCAAGAGUCGAUCAAGAAAACCUUCAGGGCCUGUUCUUGGGUCAACUGUUCGGAUUGUGUCAGGGCCAUUUUUGGACUUUUCAGGCACCAUAAAAAAGCUAGAUAGAAAAAGAGGAUUGGUAACUGUUGGUUUUACAUUGUUUGGGAAGGAUACUUUAGCUGAUUUAGAUGUAAGUGAAAUUGUAGAAGAGAAGAAAUGAUGCAUUAUUGAGCCAUAUCAUAAUCCCAAGUGGUGAGUGAGUUCUUAAGUCAUAUUUUUACCCAGUUUGGACGAUUUUACCCUUACCACUUCCGUCAUGUAGCAUCUUAGCGUGUGUGCCAUGAGGAUGCAUAAGGGUUAAAAAUGUAAUUCAAUGUCAAUUCAUGUGCUGUAAGUUAUGAACCAAGCAUCUGUUAUGGUCAAACAUCGGUCAAACUCCUAGGCCAAAUCAAGAACCUGAAAUCGACCCAUGAGCUGUAUCCAUCCAGUCAAAGGUCAACUUUCAUCUAUAGGGGAGCUGUUGUGGUUUAGAUUAGAUAUUGAUUAUGAAGUUUAUUGGACUAAAUUUAAUGAAGUUGUUAAUAUCUUUUUUUUAUCUGAAGUGC